GACUGCGAUUGGACAGCGUGCUCCGGAGACGCAAUCAGUGCUUCUACAUUGGACCGAAACACCCGUAACAUCGCGGGAACACCGGCAAACAGCCGUAUUAUAACAAUGUAUUGUACGGCAAGCGGUCAGGAAUAUUAUCAACGGCAGGAUAGUCCAGCAACUGUAUCUGCAGUGACCCACGGAGGCAUUCCGAUGCAGACAGGUGGAUAUCACCCCACUGGACUUUACAGACCAUACUGCGUGGAAGACAUACCGUCAAAAAUGAUGGUUAGCAACGAUCAAUUAACUCCAGAUUCGGGUUAUAUGGAUGACCAGAUGACAUUUUAUGAUGUACAAGAACCAAACCCUCCUCUAUAUUAUGAUAUGUCUUCUCUUCCUCCAUACUGCAGUCCAACAGACACAGUAUCUACCACGAUGGCUGCUGCUCAGAAUCAACCAUAUCACAAAAUGCUCACAAUUGAAGAUUUCGUAGAAGCGGUUCCAUUAAAUCGACGUUGGGAAACUCUCUCACCAGAUCAAUGGCAAUGCUCCGAAAUAGCUGAUUGGCUGUUAGAUUGGGCAGAGAAACAUGGUGUGGAACCAGAAGAAAUUAACACAUUGGGGUUUAGUAGCAUAAGCGGUCAAGAUCUUUGUCGUUUGUCAGAAAGAGACUUUAUAGACAGAGAUUGUCAAUAUGGAAGCAUGCUGUACAAAUCGUUUCAAGAACGUCUUAGUUACUUUGGUAUAAUUCCCAGACCAACCAGACACGAUCAACAAGCCCAAUUUAGUUGGCCAGAUGAAAGAUGGCCAAUCCCGGGAGAUUUUAUCGAUUUAGAUGAUCAAGAGAAAAGCUCACCUAUUUCUUCAGUAGAUUCAGAUAGAGACAGCACCACAAGUACAACAAGUACGAUGACACCUGUUAACACAAAAACAAGACUCACAGAUGCUUAUUUUCCUGAUAAUAUGUACAAUCAAAAAACAGUUCCAUACGACAUAGCUGCAGAUAUGAAGAAGAAUAGAAGAGGAAGACCGCCUAAAAGAGAAGGUAGAUCACGGAAUAGACAAGGUAAAGCUACUGGAAAAUUGUGGGAAUUUAUUCGUGAUCUCCUAUUAAGCCCCGAAACAAAUCCAAGUUUAAUAAGGUGGGAGAGGAGGGAAGAAGGUAUCUUCAAAUUCGUUCAAUCAGAUAAAGUAGCAAAGAUGUGGGGAGAUCGAAAACAAAAUACAAAAAUGACUUAUGAAAAAUUAAGUAGGGCUAUGAGGACAUAUUAUCGCACUGGAUAUUUAGUACCUGUUCCAAGGGAUCAAUCAUUACCUAAGAAACUGAUAUACAAGUUUGGACCAAAGGCUAACUUAGAAGUUUCCUUGGUUAUGCAUGGAACUUCUUGUCGUUCUGAUUAAAGUGCAUGUGUUACUUCAAACAUCUUGGUGGUGGUUUCGUGAUAACGUAAGAUGGUGGUGGUUUAAUUUAUCCUAACUCCUAACACGUGGAAACUUUUUGACUGUGAAAAUAAUUUUUUCAUCUAGUCUUCUUUUUUUAAACAUACAAUGCAUGUCCAUAAAGGUAUUAAAUUGGUUAUGGCCAUCAUACAAAUCUUUCAUGGUGCUAUUUUAUGACAUCAUACAACGUUACAUUGUUAACUUUUGAUACAUUCUACCUUAAAUCUUUAUAUAUUUAAGGGAAAAAAAACUUACAAAAUAUCAAAAUGAUACGCACAAUUCUUGUAUUCAAAAUAGGUUAAUAACAUUCUCUAUUGUUUAAAUUCAAUGUAUGUUCCUAAAAAAGUUUUGUUAUUAUUGUUGAUAGACGUGAUAUUUGUAAACAAUUUUAUCUAUAUUAAAAUUAAUAAUUUACUUAAAUAAUAUAUUUUUACACUCAAAAAUGGCAUUAAAAUAUCACGUCUAAGUAUAUAAUUGGAAAAAUUGUUGAUGUGUAAGCUAUAAUUAACGUUAGUAGACAUAAUUGUUACUUUUUUAAAGCAUUGAUUAUAUAUUCCGCUGUAUGUUAUUGAUGUACAAUGUCUAAAUUCCAAGCCUUAUCUUGUUUAGAUAUUAUUACAAGAGUCAAGUAUUACUUCCUGUCUUUGGACGUCGACUAGUAUAUAAAUUUGGGCCUAAUGCAACUGGAUGGAGGUGUAACUAACAGUUUUUGACUGAAAGUUUCAUCAGCACUGAAUGUGACAUCAUAGUUUCCUCUGUUCCAUUCGAAACAAAAUAAAUAAAUAAAAUAAAAUAAAUAAAAAACAAAAAUAACACCAGAAUUUUUCUGGUAUAUACUUCCAGAAUCGUGUGUAGGAUAAGUUCAUCUUGUACAAUUUACGUACAUAAAGGUCUCUUAUGUUGUACAGAAAGAGCUAAUACAUAAAAUAUCAGAGUCUAUAUAUAUAAAUAAAUAAAUAUAUAUAUAUAUAUAAGAGAAAAGUAAAUAAAUAAAUAAAUAUA